AAGAGAGAAAGAGAGAGAGAGAGAGAGAGAGAGAGACAUGUCCCUCAGACUUUCCCCAUUAAAGCACCAACAUUCCAAGCAGAUAAAGUUAGUUAAACGACCCCACAGCACACCUGUGCCUUUUGUUUUCCCCCUGAUUUUACUCUUUUGCAAGGAUUACAAAACAACCCAUCAGUCAUCAUAUCUUAGUCCAAAUCCUAUUUUUUGGUUUCCUUGAUGCUUGACAUCGAAGCUCGAUUUAAUCAUUUGAGACACUCGUGAUAAGGGGGAAGAAGAGAAUGGAACAUCAGAUAAAGAGCGAGAUGUGGUGCUUGACAUGAUGAAGAGUACCCAGUUUGUGUUCAAUGUGUUUGUUGUUUUUGAGAUUUUAAGAUCCUUCGUGUUGGGUAUUUAAGAAGUCUCAUUUCAUAGAUGAAGAGUUUCUAUAUUCUCAUUUCAUACUUGGGCAUAAGAGAUGGUUUUCCUAUCAUCUUCUGAGAGACCCAUUUCCUGGUUCCAGAGAUUGAGGUAGAUGUUUCGAGCUGCUUUAAAUUCCACUUUUGGUACUAGUAUGGCCGAUUUUAGAGUUACAAGAGUAGAACAGGGUCAGACCAGGAUCAGAAGUGUGCCCAUUGCUGUAACACCAGAAGGAUUUUGGUGUUGUCCCUCUCCGGUUGUGUUUCAGAAGACCCUCAAAGCUCAAAAUCCUCAGACCAAACCCAAACCUUCCCCUCCUCCACCCAAAGUGCCCAUUCAGAAGAAGCAAACCUCCCUGACUGAGAGGAAACUCUCUACUAACCCAUCAAGAAUGAGAUUUGUUCCUGAUGAUCAAAGAUCAUUAAUCUCAGAUACCGCUGGUCUUAAUCCAUCUGUGGUUACUGAGAGAGCACCAAAACCCAAUGUUGAGAAUUUGCAGCGGAAGCUGGCAAUUGAGUUUGGAGAACCUGGAACCAGUGAUCUGAAGGUGAUCUUAUCUGGAAAACCGGUCUUUUCUGUGAAGAUGAGUGUUCAUAAGAAUGUACUAGUUGAAAAUAGCAGUUUUUUUGCUCAAAAGCUUUCCGAACAACAGUCUCCUUUGCGUUGCCUUGAAAUUGAUGACUGUGAAGAUGUGGAGAUUUAUGUGGAGGUCGUGGGAUUGAUGUAUUGCAAAGAAAUGAAGCGGAGGUUGAUCAAACAAAGCGUUUCACGGGUGCUCCGUAUUCUCAAGGUCGCUGAAUUACUUGGGUUCAAUUCAUGCAUGCAGUCAUGUUUGGAAUAUCUUGAAGCAGUCCCUUGGGUUGGGGAAGAAGAAGAAAAGGUGGUUUCCUCAGUCCUACGCCUCCAGAGCGGUAGUAUAGGAGUCACCCCAGUAUUGAAACGGGUGUCUUCUGAUGUCUCCAACCCUCCCAGUGACACACUUCUCCAUAUAAUGGAACUGGUCCUCAAGAGCAAUGAGGAGAGAGGCCGGCGUGAGAUGAAAUCUUUAGUACUGAGGCUCCUGAGGGAGAAUAACAAGCUUUCUGUCAAUGACGGCUCAGAGGAUGUCUGCAAUGGAAACACAUACAACUUGUGCAGAAACUGUUUGGAUGCACUGUUGCUUCUGUUCAGGCAAGCUGCAGAACCAGGAUUUACUGAUAAAUCCAUGGACAGCAAAGGUCCUGUUGCGAAGCAGAUAGCUUUAGAAGCUGAUAACCUUCUAUGGUUGGUUGAGAUUUUAUCCGACAGACGAGCAGCCGAUGAGUUUGUGCUGAUGUGGGCCAGCCAGCAAGAGUUAGCAACACUUCACUCAAGGUUGCCAACAGUGUCUCGCCAUCUUGUUAGCUGCAUAACAGCAAGGUUAUUCAUCGGAAUAGGGAGAGGGGAGAUCCUUCCAUCAAAGGAUACACGACUGCUAUUAUUACAAACAUGGUUACAGCCUUUGAUUGACGACUACAACUGGUUACAGCAUGGUUGUAGAUCAUUUGAUCAAAAGUCGGUGGAGGAAGGAAUUGGUCGAACUAUUCUGACAUUACCACUGGAAGACCAGCAGAGUAUUUUACUUGCAUGGUUGGGUAGUUUCUUGAAGGUGGGUGAUAAUUGCCCAAAUCUUCAUAGAGCCUUUGAGGUCUGGUGGAGGAGGACUUUUAUUAGGCCUUAUAUGGAACAAGAGGAAAAUCAGCUCCAGUCAGAAAACUCCAUGACUUCCACAUAGCAAAACAAAUAAAUACGAUUGUUAUAGAUAUCUGUAAGAUUCUGCUAAUGUAUGAAGAGUGUGAUUGUGGCAGAUGAAGAGAAGUAAAACAGAGUGUAGAGGAUAAUAGAGAUAAAGAAAUUGCAGUCUCUACUCAUCUAUUAACUAAAGGUUGCAAAUCUUUCUGAAGGUAAACCAGAGUAAUUCAAGUUGCUUGUUAUAAUGGAAUCUUUUUUUAUUUCCUUUCUUGUAAAAUUAUGGAAUCUGUUGACAGGAAUGGAUUAUGGGCUUUCUUGUUUCA